AUGGAUGAUUUUGAUAAACGUCAAGCUAGUAUGAAGAGUGUUUUGACAUGUGGAAUUUGCAAAAAGUUAUGCAAAGAUGUCACAAUUAUUGAAGAAUGUUGUCACAGAUUUUGCAAGAAUUGCAUAAUGAGGAAGGUAAAAGAAGAGAAAUUGAAAGUUUGUCCAGAAUGCAAUACAGAUUUAGGUGUUGCCCCUUGGCAGAAAAUCAGGCCUGAUCACCAAAUGCAAGGGAUCAGAGACAUGGUGUCAAGUAAAAUAAGAGAAUUUAUUGAGCAGGGACUAAUCGAAAAAUCGAAAAAAAGCGAACCCAAAAAGUUAGCUCGUGAGGAUAUUGAUCUUAAUAAAAUUCCUGACAUGCUCAUUGAUAUUCCACCAUCACCACCUCCUCCUCCUCCUCCUGUUGUCGCUACAAGUUCCAGAAGAAAAGAGAAAUCAAUUUAUUCCAUCGUAAAUGCUACACCACUUGUUGAUAAUGAUGAUGAUGAAGAAGAAGAAGAAGAAGAAGAUGAGGAGUAUGUGCCUUCAGACGAGGAGUAUGUGCCUUCGCCAAAAGUUAAGGAACACAAAGUUUGCAAGCAAAACAUUAAAAGAUUGGAUGUUAUUCAAGCUACAGAAGCGCCAUCAAGAAGUAAUAAUAAUAUUGAUAAAGGAAAAGGAAAAACGGGACGAUGCAGAAGAAAGAAAAAAGAAACAAAUAUUCCUCCUCCUCCUCCUGUUAGCGGUAGUGGUGAUAGUGGUAGUGGUGGAACAAAUACUAAUGUGGCACAAGUUCAAGUUACCACUGAGACAGCAGGAGGUACAAACAAUGAUAUUACAACAGUAGUCAAUGAAAGAGUCCAUCCUAUUUGGUUCAGUUUGGUUGCAUGUGAAAAGCAGGAAGGUCAUUCACCCUUACCACAGAUUUCUACCCGCUACAUAAAGAUCAAGGAUGCGAACAAGCCGUCUUCCUACAUAAAGAAGUACCUUGCACAUAAAUUGAGUCUCCAGAGCGAAGACGAGGUGGAGCUUCGCAUGUUAGGAAUGCCGAUUCGUCCUGAUUUGCCUAUCAAAGAUCUAGAAAAAUUGUGGUUACGUGUAGCACCUCACUCUGGAAAAAGCUCAGUAAAAGUUGGAUCUUCUGCCGAAGAACUUGUCAUGGUCUUGAAAUAUUCUCGAUCACACCCAAAAUUGAAUUAG